CCGAUGUGUGUGUUCCUUUUCAAUCAGUUCAGUUCUUAUUCUUAAUUUUGUUCUCAGAUUUGUCCCGCUGCUUUCCUGGUCUUCUGAGCAUAUCCACGACCGUCAUGAAGAUGUUCUUCCACGUGGCUAAUGAAAUUGUGGAAGAGCGGCGUUUGUUCAGCUACCCAGAUGAACAACAGGAAGGAGGACAUGGAGAUCUCCUCUCACUACCGUCAGCUCCUCCGAGAGCUCAACGAGCAGAGACAACACGGCAUCCUCUGUGACGCCUGUGUCAUCGUGGACGGAAAGAUCUUCAAGGCACACAAGAACAUCCUCCUGGGCUCCUCCCGCUACUUCAAGACUCUUUACUGCCAGGUUAAAAAAGGUUCAGAGCCUCACCAUCAGACUACAGUCACCCACCUGGACAUCGUGACCGCGACAGGCUUUAAAGCCAUCCUUGACUUCAUGUACUCUGCUCAUCUCGCCCUAACAAGUAAGAACGUCAUUGAGGUCAUGUCGGCGGCCAGCUACUUGCAGAUGACAGACAUCGUCCAAGCGUGCCACAGCUUCAUCAAGGCCGCCCUGGACAUCAGCAUCCGCUCUGAGAUGGCCGACGAACUGGCCGACUUUGAAAUGGGGGCCGUGGUCACCGCCGGCAUAGGAGGUGGCGGCGGAGGCGGAGGAGGAGGAGUUGGUCUAACCGGAGUAGGGGGAGUCGCCGGAGUGGGCUUGGGAGGAGGCGGGAUUGUAGGCAUGGCCUCGGAAGCCCUCGCCUCCAUCAUGUCCGGUCGCAGCACCUCCCCCUGGCUGGCACGCCGCACCAGCCCCGCCAACUCCUCCGGGGACUCGGCCAUCGCCAGCUGCCACGAGGGAGGCAGCACGUACGGCAAGGAGGACCAAGAACCCCCCAAGAGCCACGAGAGCCAGGAGGAAGCUUGCCACGACUCCCAGCCUGCUUGGCCGCACGACUACAGGCCUGUCAGCGUCAAAGAGGAACAGGUGUCCCCCGCCUCUUCCUCGCAUCCCCGGGACACCCCCAGGGGUGCAGCCCAGAGCCAGAGGGAUCAGGUGGCAGGAGGCCCAAGUGCAGGUGCAGAUGGAUCCUGGCAGCCCUUAUCAGGAUCGGGGCGGAGGAAGAACAGGAAAAACAAGGACACGGUCAGACAUAUAACCCAGCAGGCUGAGAGGAACUGGGACAGAGAGCGGGAAAGGGACAGUAGGCCUGGAUCUCCUCUACCGUCCAUGCUUGCUGUGGCCGGCUGGAACUACAAUGGACAGGACAUCCCAGACGCAGACGUGACCAAGCCCAACAGCUCAGACAGCCGCGGCGAACGCCUAGACUUCUUCCUCAAACAGGAAGAUGCUCUCACGGCAGAGCCGGGCUUCCUGGGUCCCAACGAAUCGGAGGAGACGGGGGGAGGAGGACGAGGAGGAGGCGGUGGAAGCAGAGAUGGCGGCGGCGGGAUGAUCUCGUCGGUCGCCAACCUGAAGGCGGCGCUGAUGAGUAAGAACAGCCUGCUGUCACUCCGGGCGGAGAUGAUGGGAGAUGAUAACCCCUUGCUCUAUGAGUACCUUCCCAAAGGAGGACACUCUUUGUCUUUGAAUGACUUCACGGUGAUCCGUAAGAAGUUCAAGUGCCCCUACUGCAGUUUCUCUGCCAUGCACCAGUGCAUCCUAAAGAGGCACAUGCGUUCCCACACUGGCGAGAGGCCCUACCCGUGUGAAAUCUGUGGCAAGAAGUUCACCAGGAGGGAACACAUGAAGAGGCACACGCUGGUCCACAGUAAAGACAAAAAGUACGUGUGUAAAGUGUGCAGCCGCGUGUUCAUGUCAGCGGCCAGCGUGGGAAUCAAACACGGCUCCCGACGCCACGGCGUCUGCGUCGACUGUUCCGGCCAGGGCAUGGCGGCGCUGUUGGAUCACAACGGCGAAGCGGGGGGAGACCUCUCUCCGGAGGAGGAGUUGUACCCAGGCGAUCGCUUCCACGACGACCAGGCCGAGUGCGACGGCGAGGAGGAGAUGAUGGUGGAAGGGGAUGGCGAGAUGAUCGGAGAAGGGGAGGACGAGGCGGCCAAGUGGAAGGAGUCCAGCGUAGCGGCGGAGACUCAGCGGGCGUUGGACAACGAGAAGGAGGAGAGCGACUCCUCGGCACAGGAGGGCGAGCCACAGAAUGGGAGUGAGAGGGACUUUGCGUGGAUCUCCUAAAAGCUGCCCUGCACCUGUUUGUGGCUUGACAACCAAUCUCUGAAGAUCUUUUUGGGGAUCUUUCAGGAAUCUCUCGACCCCCACGGUGGUGGCCCGGCCUUCCUUUUGGAUGGAAACGUUGCGACAAUGAUUUAUGAAUAACCGACACACACAAGUCUUUUUUCUGUUUACCUCCUUUUACUUCCGAUGCAGUGUUCUGGUCCUUCAGUCUCUUUUGCGAUUCGGACCAAGGACGUGGCGGACGCUGGCCCGAGACUUUGUGUGUUUGCCAUCACAAUCACCAUGGAAACCAGGGAUCAGUGUCAGUGCGGGGAGGGAGGUGAUCCCGCUCAGUGUCCUUUUUAUUCUGCAAGUGUCUUUCUGCUAGCGAAGGGAGCGUCUCAAUCUAUUGCAAAGCUCCGCAGGUCGAAAGGACGAGGCGGCGGCCCGACGGCUCACUGCGGACCGAGUCCUACUGCCACAGACUUGCACUUUAAUGACGCUGACUCCUAUCCGAGCCCCCCGAACCCACGGUUUACAUUUGUAAUCUGUUCUUGACUGACCUAAACAACUCGGCGACCGCACCUACCUUUAAAGACUUGACGUCGUCUUGACUGUUAUCAGCGCAUCGGAAUCACUGAUCCUUUGUGCAGAUUGUCGUCUUAUAUAGCCUUUGCCCUCCAAAGGGAAGUCGUGGGGGGGGGGGGGAGCUUUUAUUUUUCUUUCAGUUUGGCUCAAAGUUCCUACGGUUCCGUGGAGUUUUGAGCCAUGUACAUAAAGUUGUCUGGAAUCGAAAGGGAGGACGAAGGGGACGUUGGACAAGGACGCGGCACGGAUCCUGGGGUUGUCUGCCUGUGCGCCUUCGGUCAAUGGCUGCCUUUGUUCAUUCAAGUUUGUUUUUAUUUUCCCCACCCUCUGCUGGCCGAACUCACCUAACUCCCAAGAUUUACAAUAUGCAGACUUUCUUUCCACGCGUGAUCUUUAUUUGGGGGUGGACGAGGGCAAAGGGGUGCCAAAAGAAGGCUGAAAAUCUGCCCUUGAAAUCCCAAGAGUUUUGUUAGUGUUGGCUAUUUAUUGGAUGUGUGUUCGUGGACCUUCGAAGUCCUUCCCGUUUCUUUCUUGCUGGUGUACGUGUGGCUUGAGUGAGACGUAUGCAAGGAUGCUCGCAGUCUUUAUUGCUUUCCCAAGAUUGUUUUAAUAUUUUUGACAGCUUUAUUUACAUCAAUGUUUUAUGACAGCAUUAUUAUUGACAACUGGAGUGAGGAGUCUUAUUAUGAUAAUCACAACUAUGAUUACCGUUGUUGAUGUUACUAUUAUUCAUUAUUAUUAAGUGCUGGAUGCUAAGCUUUAUUUUGUAUGAAUUUGGGAGUGUUUUAUAACUUGUACAAGAUGGAGAAGAAAAAAAAAAAGCUUUUAUACUUUGCCUUGUUGUGGACAGCAAGCCAUGGGGCUUUUCUCAACCUUUUUAUUGUGCCAGUUGACGCUUUUUCUGUCGUAUUUGCUUUUUUUUUUUUUUUUUUCUACCAGGGGGAAAACACUGUUAACCGUCCGUUUGAUAUUGAUUGCGACAUAUAUUCUGCACACGCUUUUGCAUCACUAAUGUACACUAAUUGAUGAAUAUCGAACCAAAAACAAUCUAGUACCUUGUAUACAUUAAGUGCUUUUGUUCCAUAGUCUGUGUGUGCAGGUGCUUUUUGGAUAUAUUCGGUGUGCUUACGUUGUUCUUUUUUUGUCACGCUUUGAUUAAAGUGCACACGUCGUCGUCGUUGUUGUGACUCUGAAGGGCUUCGUGGCUAGCUUGGUCGAAACCGCAUGUCAUAUGACACACUGUACAAUCGAGGAAGAAGGGCGGCUUGGGGGCACACAUCAGGCCUCUCUCAGCUCCAAAAGGGGCCACGGAUGGACUUGCACUUCCCCAGUACACUUUCUUCACAUCUAUGCUUGUAACGUUAUUUGUGUUAUUUAUUGUGCUUUGGUUUGACCCUCUUCCCGGAUGAUUUGGUUGGGUGAGGGUGGGCGGCCGACACAACGAAGACAGUGGUGGGUUGAAUUUCAAUGAAUGUUUAUGAUGGUUGUGUUGUUGUCGCCACAGUGUACAAGUGUGUGUGUGCGUGUGACCCCUGCACUCUUUUCAUGACCUCAACCUCAUCUUCUUCCUCAUACCGGCUCGUACUUCAGGAAAACGUCUGCCAUCAACCUCGUCGAAUAUGUGCCUCGAUGACCUUUUGACCUGCGUGCUUUGCGAGACAAUUUUGGCUGAUUCUCGAGCGGGAUCAGAUGAAACAUUUUCGAGACAAAUCAAGAUUCUCCUUCCCGUUGUGCGUCGAUGACCGUCUGUGCCCAUUUUUUUCUUUGUUGGCGUGCGUGGUCUAACUUGCAUGCCCGUGUUGAUUGCGUCAUACCAAAGCGACGUCUUCGGCAUCUGCACACAACUGUCUCAUUCCACACGACGCAAAACUGGAACUGUUUGCUCUAGUGCAGAGGAUUAUGGGUAAUUUUUCCGACGUGGACAAAUCCUCAUUUAGCUUGAUUCACACGUGCAAAUCAUGAAGCCAUAGAUAUGGGUAUAUCUAUAGUAUACUAUAUUUCAAAGUUGCCGCUUUUUACUUUAGAGUUUGUUCUUCUACUAAGAGUGGUGUGUGUAUACCUUCAUAUAUAUGAAUUUAUAUGACUAUUAUAUUAUUUAUUUUCUCAACUUUAAGACGGUCUUUGAUUUGUACAAGGUUGCACUUGAAGCUUGAGCUUUGCUUCUUUUCACUGGGAUUAUUGUUCAAUAUGAAAGACUUUAUAUUGAUGAUACAAAACGUGUGUUUGUAACAAAAUGUGUUAAAUAAUCAAAAAAACAACAACACUGUCCUGUCUUAUUUGUUUGUUUGUUUCUGUUUUGGGCAGAGUAAGUGCUCUUGUGCAGAUAGUUUUGGGUUGCUAGUUCUAAUGACACCGUUUUUACAGUCAACCUUGAGCCUCCGGUUUUGAUGUUGGCCCAACGGCCGUGCAAGCUGACGUCAUGUUUAGUGGAAGAAUUAGCUUGAGUAUUAUUUGCAAAAACCAAUCAGUCUCAAUAAAUUUUGAAAUUGCUGCUGUAAAAAGAAGUAUUUCACGUGUGCUUUUUUUUUUUAAGACAGACUGCUGUCCACAAGAGGGCAGAAAAGACACGGUAACCAAUUUUCCCUUUCAAAGCUGUUCAUUUUUUUUAAGAAGCGGUUGCAGUACUCCCACUCUCUACUGUACAAAUCCGUUUGAAAAAAAAUAGAGUUGGGACAAAGUAGAACUGAACUAAAUACAAAAUGAAAUACUUUAAAACAUUUUAGAAUUCAUGAAAAUAUCCUAUUAAGUAAAGACCUUUUUAAAAAGUUUGCAAGUGCAUUUAUAACGGCUAAACACAGCCUAAAUAGAAUUCCGUUCUCCUUAGCCUUUAGGUACAAUAUUUGCAUUUUUUUCUUUAAGAACCUUUGUUUUAAAACAUUUAUUGAGGAACAUCUUUCAUUUAACUUGUGUGCAACACGUUUUAAGUGAAUCAUUAUUGAAGUAGUGUUCUUAUUUUCCUAAUUAUAAUCGGAGUGUUAAUGUUCAAACUAUUACAGUGGAUAAAUUAUUUUUAAUUUUGUAUUUUCUUGUACUUUUUUUAUGUACACCCCAGUACUGUAUUUUUUUAAAACUUUUUUUUAAAGUGCAGUUGUAUUUAACUUAAGUAUAAAAAAUUUGCAUUUAGUCUCAUAGGAAAUGUGUUAAUCUAAUUAUUGUUUUAUUUGAACCACCUAAGGACUGUGUUUGUAUUUUCCAAUAUUUAAGUGGAGAGUUAAUGUUCAAACUGUGCAUAAUGUUACAGUGGAUUCAUUCUUUUUUUAAUUAGUGAAAAAAUGUUUUUUUAAAAAUCAUGUACACCACAUAAUUCAUAUUAUUAUUAUUAUUUUUUUAAACAUUUUUUAAGUACAGUUCAGUUGUAUUUAAGUAUACCACAUUUGCAUUUACUCUUUUGGGAAAUUUUGAUGGAAUUAUUAUUUAUGUUUUAUUUGAACCAUUUAAGUACUGUCUUUGUAUUUUCCGAUAUUUAAGUGCACUGUUUAUGUUAUAGUAGGAAAACAAUCAUAUUAAAUAUUCUUUAAUCCUGGUA